CCUGGUCUUUGAGUUGGCAGUGUGCGGUUUUCUUACACAUCCAGACAGCUUUUAUAAACCCUAAUCUACUUCAUUCAUCGGUUAUAAUCUCAACAAACUAGGAUUUUAAAGAUGACCAUCACAAUCUAUUUCACCAGUGUUAGUGGCUCUAGAGAGGUGAAGCAACAGCAGACUCAGAUUUUUGAUUACCUGGAUGCUAAGCAGAUCAAGUACUUCACUGUCGACAUUUCACAGAGUCCAGAAAACAAAGAGCAGAUGAGAAAGAAAGUGGGAAACCCAACAGCGAUGCCCCCUCAGGUCUUUAAUGGAGACAAAUACUGCGGGGACUUUCAGAAGUUCUUCCAGGCAAUUGAAGACGAGAAGCCAGAAGCAUUUUUCAAACUUUGAGUUUGAACCGGGACUCCUCAUUUCUCAAAUGCUUGUAUUUUUAGGUGGAAUGUAAAAAAAACAUAUUGCUCAGCAUUAAAUUAAUAAAGAUUGUCUAUUAAAGGGGACAUACCAUGAAAAUCUGACUUUCUCCAUGUUUAAGUGCUAUAAUUGGGUCACCAGUGCUUCUAUCAAACUAGAAAAUGUAAAAAAAGAUCAACCCAGUAACUUAGUUUUAGUAAACCUUUCUCUGCAAUCAUGUGAAAAAUAGGUCAUUGAAAUUUGUCUCCCCUUGUGAUGUCAGAAGGGGAUAAUACCGCCCCUUAAUCUGCACUAUCCAACAAUGGCACUGCCAUUUAGUGCAGAGAGAAACUGAGAGAAAAAAUAAUAGAGAGCACAGUUGUUUUGAUUUCAACAAACCACCAUCAUUGCGAUCAAUGUUUGCAUUUCAUCAGCUGAUGCAUUUUAAAGGACACACCCAAAACCUCACAUUUUUGCUCGCACCAACAAAGUGGCAAUUUUAACAUGCUAUAUGUAUGCUAUAAAUGAUCUAUAUGGUAUUUUGUGCAAAAACUUCAGAUAUGUGCUCUGGGAACACCAAAGUCUUAAAAAAGUCUUGUGAAAUGUCCCCUUUAAACAUGUCUAUGCUAAUGGAAUGAUACAUCUGGAUCACAAGUCAAAAAAUAUUAAUAAAAAUACAUGUUCAGGCAUGAUUACAUAUCAAAUCAUUUGAUUUUGAAAUAGAUGUUGGGUUGGGUGAUAAAUAAAGCAGACUAUUUGUUGUUUAGCCAGUAGGGGGCAGUAAUGUCUCAAUUUUAACACCUUAGGUCAUCUACUUUACACCUAACACCUUUAAUUUCAUGUCACAGAUACAAAUAAAUAUACUGUCCAUGUUAUUUUGCAUUUUGAAUUGUUCUGCAUUCACCCUCUUUACUGUUAUUAAAAGCAUACGCAACAAG